CUGCUCUUCUUGAUUCCCUGAGAGAUUAUUUGGGCUUGUUUCUUCUGCCUAGUUUCCCCGCUCAGAAUGAGGGAGGACGGAGAGGAAUAUGUGAUGCUUUUUUUUUUUUUUUCCUUUUUCUUUUUUUUUCUGAAGAGGAGGCCAAAGCCUCUUCAAAAGCAGAGGGCAGAGGGGUGGACCUCUCCGCGCCCAUGGAGCCUCCUCAGCCAGCCAGUGCUCAUUUCCCAUGCUUGAAUGAGAGUUUGGGGUUCCAGUCCCCUUUGGUAUCUUCUCCUUCCCCUGAGCAUUCUGAUACCGCCAUCCUGCCCCGCCUCACACCCACCCCAGGUACUCGGACAGGGUGGUAGGGACCAAGUCUGACCCCCCCCCCCAACCCCCUCGUUUUAGAUCCCUUCCCUUGGCAGUUCUAAUUGGGCAGAAUGAUUAAACAUAUUGUUGUGGGAGGAGCAAAAAAAGAACCGCGUCGGUUCGCCGCUUUUGGUCACCCGCACCCCUUUUCUGGUUCCCUUCCAGUGGACGCCCCAUUUCCUUUUCUCAGCUUUUCUGAGAAGUGGUCCCACCACCAUGGCCCUUUUAAGGGAGGCCCCGCCCGUGCGAAGGGGGUGGGGCAGGGGCGGAGUCGGAGGAGUCGGGGAAGGAACAAAGCGCGGCCUGCGGGUGGCGGCUGGGCUCGGCCGGCUGGGCCGCGCGGUGCGGGGCCUGCGGGCGGCGGCCCGGGCGCAGCGUGGAAGGGAAGCAGGCCGCACCGGGGUCCGCGCCGGCCGGGCCAUGAAUGGGCUGCCCUCGGCUGAGGCGCCGGGUGGCGCUGGCUGCGCCCUGGCCGGGCUCCCCCCGCUGCCGCGCGGCCUCAGCGGUCUCCUCAACGCGAGCGGGGGCUCGUGGCGGGAGCUGGAGCGCGUCUACAGCCAGCGCAGCCGCAUCCACGACGAGCUGAGCCGCGCCGCCCGCGUCCCAGAUGGGCCCCGCUACGCUUCGGGCGCCACCAACGCGGGACCCGCCGCUGGUCCCCCAGGCCCGCGUCGUCCUGUCAAUCUCGACUCGGCACUAGCAGCGCUGCGCAAAGAGAUGGUGGGGCUGCGGCAGCUGGACAUGUCCCUGCUGUGCCAGCUGUGGGGCUUGUACGAGUCAAUCCAAGACUAUAAGCACCUAUGCCAAGACUUGAGCCUGUGCCAGGACCUGUCGUCCUCCCUGCACUCGGACAGCUCCUACCCACCGGACGCUGGCCUGUCUGACGACGACGAGCCUCCCGAUGCCAGCCUGCCCCCGGACCCGCCACCCCUCACUGUGCCCCAGACGCACAAUGCCCGUGACCAGUGGCUGCAGGACGCCUUCCACAUCAGCCUCUGAAGAGCUGGGGGUGGGGGGAACAUGCACCCAUGCAAAAGGCUCAGAACCUAGCCCGUAGUAAGUACUCAGACUUCCAGUGCCUGCUUUCCCCAGUACCACCUCACUUCACAAGAAGGCAAGGCCUGGGCCCCUCAGAGGGCAAAAUUGCCGGCCCCCUCUCUCCUGACUCUGGUUAGCUGGCACUGGGGCAGGCACCCGGGCUGCAGCCUUUGCCUGUGGCACUGACCUCCACUUCUCCCACGUGUGUGGGCCCCAGCUUGGCCAACCGUCAGUCGUGGUGAUGGUGGUGGUGGUGCCCAGGGCAUGUGGCCCUCCCCUUAGCAUCUCUGGGAUUGGGAUGAGUGCCUGGUUCCCAUCGCCUUUUCACCUUCUGCGGCUUCUGGCAGCUGCUGGCUCAGGGGCACCCCACCUCUGGUCCUUGGGUUCCACUGCUCUAGACCAGGGCAUUCCCAUUCCUGCACCCACCCACGGCCAGGAGGGCCAAGGCUCCAUGCUGGGUAUUUAAGUUGAGGGGCCAGAACUCCUGGGCACGCAGGUAAAUAAAUACUCUCUCAGCGUU